CCUUACAAGUGUUCAAACUGUGACAAGAGAUUCAGUGAUUUAUCAUCUCUGAAAACACAUGAGAGAUUUCACACUGGAGAGAAACCUUAUAAGUGUUCACACUGUGACAAGAGAUUCAGCCAAUCAUCAAGUCUGAAAAAACAUGAGAGGAUCCACACUGGAGAGAAACCUUAUAAGUGUUCACACUGUGAAAAGAGAUUCUGUGUGUCAACAGAGCUGAAAACACAUGAGAGGAUUCACACUGGAGAGAAACCUUACAAGUGUUCACACUGUGACAAGAGAUUCAGCCAAUCAUCAAGUCUGAAAAAACAUGAGAGGAUCCACACUGGAGAGAAACCUUACAAGUGUUCACACUGUGACAAGAGAUUCAAUCAAUCAUCAAAUCUGAAAACACAUGAGAGGAUUCACAAUGGAGAGAAACCUUACAAGUGUUCACACUGUGACAAGAGAUUCGGUGUGUCAUCAAGUCUGAAAAAACAUGAGAGCACUCACACAGGAGAGAAACCUUAUAAGUGUUCACACUGUGACAAGAGAUUCAGUGUGUCAUCAAAUCUGAAAAAACAUGAGAGGAUCCACACUGGAGAGAAACCUUACAAGUGUUCACACUGUGACAAGAGAUUCAGUGAUUCAUCAAGUCUGAAAAAACAUGAGAGGAUCCACACUGGAGAGAAACCUUACAAGUGUUCACACUGUGACCAGAGAUUCGGUGAUUCAUCAAGUCUGAAAAAACAUGAGAGGAUCCACACUGGAGAGAAACCUUACAAGUGUUCACACUGUGACCAGAGAUUCGGUGAUUCAUCAAGUCUGAAAAGACAUGAGAGGAUUCACACAGGAAAGAAACCUUACAAGUGUUUAAUCUGUGACAGGAAAUUCAGUGAUUCAUCGAGUCUGAAAACACAUGAGAGGAUUCACACUGGAGAGAAAGCACAUCACCGCAAUGUAUCUUUCACCUGCACUCAGUGUGGAAAGAGUUUCACAUGUAAAUCAAAUCUUAAGCAUCACAUGAAAGUUCAUACUGGAGAGAAACCAUUCACUUGCAAUCAGUGCGGGAAGAUUUUCACACAAUCAUCAAACCUUAAGGAUCACAUGAACAUCCACACUGGAGAGAAACCUUUCAAGUGUUCACACUGUGACAAGAGAUUCAGUCAUACAGUCAAUCUGAAAACACAUGAGAGGAUCCACACUGGAGAGAAACCUUACAAGUGUUCACACUGUGACAAGAGAUUCAGUCAUUUAUCAAGUCUGAAAAAACAUGAGAGGAUCCACACUGGAGAGAAACCUUACAAGUGUUCACACUGUGACAAGAGAUUCAUUCAGUCAGGAAAUCUGAAAACACAUGAGAGCACUCACACAGGAGAGAAACCUUACAAGUGUUCACACUGUGACAAGGGAUUCGCAGUGUCAACAGAGCUGAAAACACAUGAGAUGAUUCACAGUGGAGAGAAACCUUACAAGUGUUCACACUGUGACAAGAGAUUCAGUGUGUCAUCAAAUCUGAAAAAACAUGAGAGGAUCCACACUGGAGAGAAACCUUACAUGUGUUCACACUGUGACCAGAGAUUCAGUCGGUCAGCAGGUCUGAAAAAACAUGAGAGGAUCCACACUGGAGAGAAACCUUACAAGUGUUCACACUGUGACAAAGGAUUCAGUGAUUCGACACAUCUGAAAACACAUGAGAGGAUCCACACUGGAGAGAAACCUUACAAGUGUUCACACUGUGACAAGAGAUUCAAUCAUUUAUCAAGUCUGAAAAAACAUGAGAGGAUCCACACUGGAGAGAAACCUUACAAGUGUUCACACUGUGACAAGAGAUUCGGUGUGUCAUCAAGUCUGAAAACUCAUGAGAGGAUUCACACUGGAGAGAAACCUUACAAGUGUUCACACUGUGACAGGAAAUUCAGUGAUUCAUCGAGUCUGAAAAAACAUGAGAGGAUUCACACUGGAGAGAAAGCACAUCACCGCAUUGUACGUGGGAAGUGUUCCAUUGAGUCAUCUGUUAUACACAAAAACCAACCACAGUAAGGCCCCGUACACGCAGAGACGCAUUUAGAUGUAUAUGUAAAUAUUUUGUAUGGUAUAUGCGUUUCGUCCAGACGGAUCCGGCAUUCGGGGCAGUGAAAACCCUAUUU